CGUCUCGCACCAGUCACUGCGACGGAUCCGGCCUCCAUUUUGGAGCGGUCUCUGUAAUGGAUGCCCCAGACGCUACCCCGGCGGCUCACACACGGCCCGCUGGCCCCGGCCCCCUCACCUACGAGACGUAGGCCCCAUUACCUUCACACAUUGCCCCACUACACUUUCUCCCGGGUCCCCAUACUCAGCCCAGCCCACACUGCUGCUCGGGUCCUCAUGGCGUUCAUCCCCUCCCUCCCAAUCCCCCUCACCCAGCCGGUCUCUACUACCCCCUCACCCUGACCGGUCUCUACUGCCCCCAUAGCCCCUCACCCUGACCGGUCUCUACUGCCCCCAUAGCCCCUCACCCUGACCGGUCUCUACUGCCCCCAUAGCCCCUCACCCUGACCGGUCUCUACUGCCCCCAUAGCACCUCACCCUGACCGGUCUCUACUGCCCCCAUAGCACCUCACCCUGACCGGUCUCUACUGCCCCCAUAGCCCCUCACCCCUAUACCCCCGUCCUUUCCCCACUGCUAAUCUAUUUCAGCUUCUCCCAUAUAGCAGUCAGGAAAUGUACUGACCAAUUGUUUGACGUCUUUCUCAUUAAAGAAGAUCCCUUGAACCGUCUUUACAGUUACCACAUUCUCAAGUGUAUAUAUACUUGUUGUGGGACAUUCUCGCUUUUAUUUGCCUUUGUUUCUUUUUAUUGAGAACCAGCGAAUAGUACUACAAUGUCCAAGUCGUUUUCUCAUUCAUCUUUAAGCCGAGAUUUAAACAGAGAGAUGCCUUCCCACCACAGACGCGACUCUUCAGGAAUGGGUCUUCUCUCAGCCAGUCAGUCCUUAAACCUAACAUCCGGUCUUGGACGGAUGAGCCAAGGUUCGGGUCGCCUUUCCAGCUUGAUGAACCUAGGUUCCAUGUCUAAGUUGAGUCAGCAAGGCUCUCAUGGCAUGCUGUCUACCAGUUCCUCUUCUCAAAGCUUGCCGUCUAUAUUUAGCCUUGGUAACAGACCUGCUCCCCCUUUAUCUUCCCAGCCUAGGGGCGAACCUGAUCAGGCCAGUAAGAUUUUGGCCAGCUUUGGUCUUUCCUCUAGGGACUUGGAUGAAUUGAGUCGCUACCCUGAGGAGAAGAUCACUCCUGAAAAUUUGCCACAGAUUAUUCAGCAUCUUAAGAGGAGGAGGUCAGAAAACAUGGCUAUGUUAAGUUUGAGAGAAAGGUCUUCUCGAGAGCCUUUGAGAGCAUCUAGUGAUGACUGGGAUGACACAAGACCCUUCAGAAGAGAGAAUUUUAAUGAUCGCUCAUCCGGCCUUGACCCUGUGGUCGACUACGACCAUGGGAACCGUUCUCGAGAUCCUGCUUAUCGCGAUAGACUCGAGUUUGAGGACCGUUUAAGAGACCGUGAGAGGCUUAGAGAAGAUCGUUUCCUAUCUGAUUCAUCUUAUCGUAAGCUUGAUAAUGACUAUGAACCCAUGGGCUACAACCAGUUGCAAGAAAGAUCUGUCUUUGAAAAGACCAGAGGAAUGCCUUCCAAUAGAAAUAUUGAUGAUUUCCAUGGACUGUCGCCCAAAGACUAUCCUCAUCUCUGUUCUCUCUGUGAUAUACCAAUUCAUUCGAAGCAGAAUUGGAAUGACCAUAUUGGCGGCCGUGCACAUAGACGACAACGCCUGCUGCUGCUUGAAAUAUAUCCAGAAUGGAAUGGACAUGGACUGGGCGAUUCUUUUAUGCUGCAGCAGUCCACAAAUCCGGCACCAGGAAUUUUGGGACCUCCUCCUCCAGCAGGGAUGCAUAUGGGAGGUGGUCCCGGAGGUCGACAUGGAGGUCAGAGGGGUCACCUAGGAAAUGAAGAUAUGCCUGGACCUAGACACAUGCUAAAGAGACCGGGAAUUGGCAGAGUGGUUCAUGUCAUGGACUUUGAGCGAGGAAAGAACUUGAAGUACGAGCUUCUGAAACUUGCAGAGCCAUUUGGCAUAAUUACCAACCAUUUGGUUUUAAAUAGGAGGAAUGAGGCUUUCAUUGAGAUGUCCACUCCUCAAGAUGCCAUGGCUGUUGUGGAUUACUUCAGUACAAAUCCAGCUACUGUACUUGGACAAGAUGUUCGAGUCCAUUUAUCUCAAAAAUAUAAACGCAUUAAGAAACCAGAUGGAAGGCCUGAAUACAAACCCGAACCGAAACCAGAGGUUGGUCGUGUUAUACAUCUCAGCAACUUGCCCCAUUCUGGCUAUUCUGACACUGCAGUCAUAAAGCUGGCCGAGGCAUAUGGAAAAGUGAAAACCUAUAUAUUAAUGAGAAUGAAGAACCAGGCUUUUAUUGAAAUGGAGAAGCCAGAAGAUGCGAAUACCAUGGUAGAACGCUGUUCGAAGAUUCCUCUGUUGUUUCAGGGAAAGACUGUGAAAGUAGACCUCUCUGAAAGAUAUAAGAAGCUCGUGCUAAGAAUUCCGAACAAGAAUCUGGAACAGCUUAAUCAAAAAGGAAAACCCAGUAGAAAGAGAACCCACUCACCAGACCAAAAAAAUGGCACUAAAGAGAAGCAGAGUAAGGCAGAGAGCAGUCAAAAAGCUGAGAGCAGUGAUGGAGAAAAUAAAUCCCAGAUGGUCACCACAGAGGAAGCUGACCUGGAGGAGACUGAUCAGAAAGAUAUUGUGACCGACUCUUGUGAGCCAGAACUUGUAGAGGAGGAUGAAACUGCCGCUCUCAUGGAAACCAGCAGCUCUGUUGGUGAUGACGCAGAAAUUGCUGACUUAAGUGAGGUGGACCCGAAUGACCCGGGCGAGGAGCAAGCUGAGGCACAAGGACCGAGCUCCUCCACUCCUAUUGCCAGAGUAACGGAUGAGAAGAAGAAGAGGGCACACCGCUAUCAUGGAGAUUUUGAUGACUUUGUAACUCUUGAUGAAAUUGGCGAUGAAGAGGAUCCAGGAAGCCACAAGUUGAAGUCUAAUGCAGCCGAGGCUUCUGCAGACAAGACUGGUAAAAGGGAGUCUAGCUCAUUCAUGACGAGCACAAGCGUGGAAGAGGCAGAGCAAGAAAACGAAGCUGUGACGCAGCAGGAUUCAGAAGUAGAUAAAAAGAUAAGCGAAACAUCAGAAAGUGCCGACUCUCAGAUGGCUCCAGAAAGUGAGAACGCAGCUGAAACAAGUGUACCUGAAAUAGAAUUCUCCAAAGAUCUUGGGCCCUAUAAAGCCAAUAAUCCUGUUGGAGUGGAGUAUGUGGUUCCCAAGACUGGUUUCUAUUGCAAACUCUGUUCCUUAUUCUACACAACUGAAGAUGUGGCAAAAGUUACACAUUGCAGCAGCUUGUCUCACUAUCAGAAGCUGAAGAAAGUGAUGAAAAAGAUCUCCAAGAAUCCAGAGAAGAAAAACUAAGUGAUGAAAGGAUGUUUUGUUUUAUUUCUUGUUUUUAUUUUGCAGCAUACGAGAAUGCUAAAUGUUACUGUGUUUUAAUACAGUUUAAGUACAAAGUAUGUUUUUUUGUUUAAUUAUAAAAAGACCAAUAGAACAGUUUUAUGUUUCAAAUAAAUAUAGCUACAAGUUUUCGAACGUACCAAUCAUCUCCACCUGUGACUGUAAUCCUAGUGCGUGGCUAGACUGCAUUCUCAGAAGUCCUGGUUCUGCCCAUGGAUAAUAUGAUUGCCCCCUCGACAAGCUCUUUAUAGAACAGAAAAUGCUAAAUUGAGUGGAGACAUGGAUCGCAGACCUUGUAUUUUAUCUGCUUCCCUAUUGCCAAUUGAUCAGAUUUCUGUAACCAGUGUUGAAGACUGUGGAACCCUAGUAAAGAAGUGUUCCCCUUCCAUGAACAUGCCAUGGCGUUCCUAGGGAAUGUUGCGGAAUUAUGCUUAUUCUUUAUGUAUUUAGAGCAGUUUCUAAAUAAAUAUUCCUUUUGUUUCUUGAAUACCUAAAA